AUGAAGAACUUAUUCAAAAUUAUCUUAUUGCUUUCCAUUAUUUGUCUCCUCUUAACAUCAGCCGUCUCCGCCGCUGGCGGCGGCGGCGGCGGACGAGGAGGAGGAGGAGGAGGAGGAGGAGGAGGAGGAGGAAGAGGUGGCGGUGGAGGAAGAGGUGACGGUGGUGGAAAGAGUGGCGGUGGAGGAAGGGGUGGAAGUGGUGGAAAGGGUGGCGGUGGAGGAAGAGGUGGCGGUGGAGGAAAGGGUGGCGGUGGUGGAAAGGGUGGCGGUGGUGGAAGGUCUAGUGGAGGCUCAACAGGCAGAGACCGUGGCGGCGGUGGUGGAAGAAACAGUGGGUGGUGGCCGACACCUCACGGUGGUCAUACGGCGAGGAGCAGUGCAUCUAAUUCAUUAGGAUACGGCUCUUUUUGUAAUACUCCUAGAGCCCGUUUGGAUUGGCUUUAA